AUGACAAGAACCAUCGAAGACCCCGGCGUGCAGGACCCGAACGCAAGCCAAGACAAGCUUACAGCGCAAAACAAUUAGAAAGAUUAGAAGCUGAAUUCAAACUAGAUAAAUAUCUUAGCGUUUCUAAGAGAAUGGAGUUAUCCAAAGCAUUGGGUCUGACUGAAGUACAGAUAAAAACAUGGUUUCAAAACAGAAGAACGAAAUGGAAGAAGCAACUGACAUCGCGUUUGAAAAUAGCACAGCGGCAAGGACUGUUUUCUGGACAGAUUUUUGGACAUGCCCCUCAAGGAUAUUCUUUACUGAAUCCAUAUGCGUAUGCGCCGCUUAGUUGUGUUUUUACACCAGUAACGCUGCCGUCUUCUCCACCAUAA